ACAAGUUCAAAAAAUUGAUUGGAACCAUUCAAAACACCAUCAUUCAUCAUGAAUUGUAAACCAGCACCAUAUUCAACUGACCAAAAAGCAGUCAUCGAACGUGAAAGUUCCAACUACAAUGAAAAAAUCACAAUUCAAAUGGCUGAGAGUGGAAGUGUAAAUCGAAAGGUGCGAAUUUAUUGUGAUGGAAUUUAUGACUUAUUCCAUCAGGGCCAUGCACGACAAAUGAUGCAAGCAAAAAAUAUUUUCCCAAAAUGUGAAGUUUAUUUAAUUGUUGGAUGCUGUAACGAUGAAAUGACACAUGCAAAAAAGGGAGUAACUGUAUUAAGAGACACUGAACGUUAUGAAGCAAUUCGUCAUUGUCGAUAUGUAGACGAGGUGUUGAAGGAUGCCCCAUGGAUUAUAACCGAGAAAUUUUUACAUGAAAAUAAAAUCGAUUUUGUUGCACAAGACUCAUCACCAUAUGUUAGUGAUGGCAAUGACAUCUACAAGAUGGUCAAAGACAAGAACAUGUUUAUACCGACACAGCGAACUGACGGCAUAUCAACGUCAGACAUUCUCAAAAGAAUCAUCAAGAAUCACGACAUUUAUGUUCAUAGAAAUUUAAUGAGAGGAAUAUCCGCAAAGGAAAUGAACAUUUCCAUUUUGACCGAGAAAAGAAUUCAAAUGAUGGAAAAAUGUGCUCAAUUGCGGCAAAACUUUACUCAAAUUUUCCAUUUAGUUUCAUCAUAUUUUGGUUCUGGCACUAAACUACAAAUCACCACCGACAUUGAUGAAAAACUAAUUGACACAACGAUGAUUGAUAUUGAUCGUCACUAAACAAAUUAUUUGUAGUUCUUUUUGCAUUGUUUGAGUUCAAAAAUAUAUUUUUAUAAUAAAU